AUGGCGGACGCGUUGCUGCACGGCACGACGCUGGUGAACGCCAAGGGCGAGACGAUCGACGGGGGCGACGUCGGCAAGACCGGAUUGCUGGCGUUGUACUUCGCUGCGAACUGGUGCCCGGACUGCCGCGCCUUCCAGUCAAAGCUCAAUGACUUCUAUGCUGAAGCGAACACGUCAACGCAGAACCUUGAUAUCGUCUUCCUGAGCUCCGACAUGUCAGAGGAAGACCAGCAGGCGCACUUCUCGACCAAGCACGGUGACUGGUGGAUGGUACCUCGUGACGCCGAAAUCCGCAAUGAGCUCCGCCGAAAGUAUGGUAUCCGCAAUGGCAAGGACGACGUGGAGGUGGGCGUCACAUACCGAAACAGCGGCAUCCCAGCUCUCGUGAUCAUCCGUCCCAAUGGCGAGGUCCUGGACUUCCAGGGUGUCCAGCAAGUCGAAAACGACGGUAUCAAAGCGCUAGCGUAUUGGCAAUCCAAGGUACAGAGCAAAGAGCAGUGA